AUGCAUGCACGCACCCGUGGUCCAUCGUCCAUCAUCAUCGUCGACGCCAAGCAACCCUCCCAUAUGAGGGCGGCAUGGGUGCCGCCCAUGACAAAAACCCACGGCAUGAACGGGAAGGCGAUGAGGAGUCCCCGCCGCAAUUUCGUCGACUUCCGGAGUAGGAAAGUUUGA